AUGGGGAGUAUGCGAUGUGCAGAAGGAAAGGCGAAAGGCUGCGAUAGUGUUGCCGCCGGCUGCCGGCUUACGGGUCUCUCGGCCUCCACACUCGCCGUCCAUCUCAUUCCCGUCUAUUCAUCAAAGACUAUAUCAAAGACUACCCGAGCCUACGACAACACCAAUUGCCUCUAUAUCAUCUAUCCUCACUCUUCAUUUCCUCCGCCAUCCCAAGUCGCUGUUGUUACCGAAACUGGACCGCAGUCAAACCUACAGCAUGUCAAUGUCGAUAUCCUUGCCAUACGAGACCGUCGACCUCUCAUCAGCUCUUCUCCUCGCUACACCUCCAACUAUAAUACCCGCUUAUUGUGCAGAGCAGCAUGCACACCAUGCAACACUACAUCCAGGAAGGAAGCAUCUUGCUCUCACGUCUCAAAAUGCAGACGAAUGUGCAACACCACACGCCGAAGCACUUUUUCCUCGCUCGGAAAUCCGACCACUUCUUGGACCCCUGAUCUGGUCUGGCCUCUCGAUGAAAAAAAGCAUCAUAACAAGCGAUGGGGCUACGCACCUCGCUGGAAUUCCAUCAGACUAUCAAGGCGAACUGCACAAGAUCUUGUGCACGAAGAUCUCGGGAACGCGGAGAUGGACACGUCCAAAGUCGAGUAUUACAAGACAAGUUCUUCCAUCCUAUCCAAGACGCUGCUUUAUUUUGCUGCAAGAGCUCGUAAUGCACCUGUACUAACACCUGCGACCUUCGUGCUACUCCUCGGCGCAGCUUCAUUGCAUCCGCAGGAUGUUUUGGCUCGCGUUCUUGGUUUUUCAGGUGACAGCAGAUGCUCGGCUUUCCGGGCUGCUGCAACCAAUACGGCAAUACAGGGUGUUCAUGCUGCCCUGAUAGCAGAGGCAUCUCGACGUCUUCGUCACAUUCGCAGUCAAGUCGCUCGUAAUGUUCUGACUAAUCUUUCCACAGAUGUCGCGUCUACAGGAACAUUUGAAGGCCCUGCGGUCACUGCGAGCCCUGGCUUCAAUCUCUCCUCCUACUGCGCGGCGCAGAUGACCACUUUCUUCAAUACAUAUAAUCCCACGAACUCAUUGACGAUAUCGACAGUGACCGACUACCAAGGCUUCUUCGGCACCGGUACAGAUUCCACCAAUGUGGUUACUCAAACAUAUUCCACCCGCACUAUUACAUUUACGGAGCAGAACUACAUGGCAUACCAGUUGGGAGGCGCAAAACCACCGUGUUGUAAUAGCUGUCACAUCAGCGCUGGCACCAUUCAAUUCUACUGGUGGCCAGACUUGGCCAGUCCCACUGCAACGACGAGCAGCAGCGGUCCCUCGCGCACAGUCACUUCAAUUGCAUCCAACGGCUUCGUAUUCACAUCGCCAUCAGUCUACAUGGCCUUCAAGUCCGUGUACGCAAAGAACUUUUGUGGGACUGUAGGAGAUAUCUGGUACAACACAACCAUCGCCUUUCACCCGGAUGAUAUCAGCACAAUCAAUGCUUACACCGCCACUUACACAAGCGAAUAUACCACUACGGAAGACGGCUCAGUGUAUACAGUCGCAGCAUCAGUAGCAGGAACGCAGCCACCUCCAUCGCGAUUAAAGUACACAGAUCUUGCUCAGAACUGCUCCACGCUCUCGGGCUACAACUACUUUCCCAACGACCCGCAAAAUGACCUGGCAGGUGGAUUCGAAAAAGACCCAUGUCAUCCAAUCCUUGACAUUCCACCAGCACUCAUAAAUCUGCAGGACGCUUGGAAAGACAACCACUGCCGGAGAGCAGAUUCCUUCUCAGGCGCAUACGAUCCUCCUAUCGCGCUGACACAAGUCGAUGAAGCAGCACAACCCACGCUGCCAGGAGGUGCUCAGCCUGGUAGUGCCAGCACCGCACCAUCUUCAGCACGUAUGACACGAAGCUACACAGCUCUACCAGAUAUGACCGGCACACGAACCUGGACUUUGUCGACUGGCACUGCUGCUGCUGCCAUAACGAUCGGUAGCGAUGUGAUAAGUGCCAAUUCUGCUGGCGCUUAUGUUCUAGAUCCUGAAAACAUUUUGUCUGUGGGCGGCGCAUCGUAUGGCGCAGGUGGGACGGUCUAUGCUCUUGAAACUGAUGCUUCGGAUCAUACGGUAUUAUUAGUGGUUGCAGCUACUGGCUCGACUCAAGAACCUUCAAGUUCCAGCACGGCAAGCAUGGAGUCAACGCGAUCUGGAAGUGCUGCUCCACCAAGCACAACGAGUUCGAUAUCGACCGCUUCAAGAAGAACUUUAGAUAUAGGAGUUGGAUUGAUGGUGUUCGGUCUGACGAUAAUGAUCGCACUGUAA